UACGCGUACGCCAAACGAGCGCUUUUUAAUCUAAAGUGCGCCUGUUCGGCCUCCAUAGCGCAACCUGAGCGAGCGAGCGAGCGAGAUCUCCUCGCCGUCAUUUGGAGUUUGCGCGAGGUUUUCCGGCCUGACGCUGCGCCGGCGAGAUGGACGGAGAUUUGAGUUCCUCCUGGUACGAGAAAUUCAUCCGAGGAAUGAACCCUCCACGGGUUGUUAUCGAUAACAGUUGUUGCCCAAAUGCCACUGUUAUUAAGGUUGAUAGCGCAAAUAAAUAUGGCAUCCUUUUGGAAGUUGUUCAGGUCCUUAUAGACCUCAAUCUCAUUAUCAAGAAAGCUUACAUAUCAUCUGAUGGAGGAUGGUUCAUGGAUGUUUUCAAUGUCACAGAUCCGGAAGGAAAGAAAAUUGAGAGACAAAAACAAUUGGAUGAUAUAAAGGACUACAUCCGUAAGUCGAUAGGGGAAGGUUUUUCUUUUGUUCCAUCACAAAGUAGAUCUGUAGAUUUUGCGCCGUCAUCAUUGGAUCACACAUCGAUCGAGCUGACUGGGACGGAUCGCCCCGGCCUUCUCUCUGAAGUUAGUGCAGUUCUUACUGAUCUAAAAUGCAAUGUGGUGAAUGCCGAAGUGUGGACGCACAACGCUAGAACUGCAGCAGUGAUGCAGGUGACCGAUGAGGAGACGGGUUCAGCUAUCACAGAUCCCCAAAGGCUCUCUAAAAUCAAGCAGCUCCUUUGCAAUGUUCUGAAAGGGAACGACAGACACAGGAGAGCGAAGACUGCAGUCUCAAUGGGCAUCACCCACAAAGAGAGGAGGCUCCAUCAGUUGAUGUUUGAUGAUAGAGAUUACGAGAAGUCUGAUGACGACCAUGAGGCCGAGCAUUGCCGGCCAAAGGUUUCUGUUGUUAAUUGGUUCGACAAGGAUUACUCGGUGGUCACAGUGCGAUGUAAGGAUAGGCCGAAGCUUCUUUUUGAUACAGUUUGCACUUUGACGGAUAUGCAGUAUGUAGUUUUCCAUGGAAGCGUUAAUGCAGAAGGCCCAGAAGCUUUUCAGGAGUACUAUAUCAGACAUAUAGAUGGUUCCCCAGCUAACUCAGAAGCCGAGAGACAGCGAGUUGUUCAGUGCCUUGAGGCAGCCAUAGAGAGGAGAGUAUCUGAGGGUGUUAAGUUGGAGUUAUCUACGGGUGAUCGAAUGGGCUUGUUAUCUGACGUGACAAGAAUAUUCCGCGAGCAUGGCCUGAUGGUCACAAGAGCAGAAGUGUCCACAAGAGAUGGCAAAGCUGUCAACACAUUUUAUGUCCGUGAUGCUGCUGGUAACACCCUCGACCUGAAGACCUUGGAUGACAUACGAUCCGAGAUAGGGCAGACAGUGCUUCAAGUAAAAGGCAAUUCUGACGAUCUUAAAUCCCCGCAAGAAUCUUCUACCCGAUUUCUGCUUAGUGGUCUAUUCAAAUCAAGAUCACUUUACAAUCUUGGAUUAAUUAGAUCUUACACUUAGGCUUCUUUGCCCCCUCCCUCUUGUAUAUAAAUUAUUCGUCAUUGUUUCAUCAUGCAAAAUAUGUCCACUUUGCAACAAAGGGACUUUGUCUUUUAGAUUAGGAAACAGGCUUGUGGAUCCUUAUCAUGUACAUACGAUCAAGUCUAUUGUAUCCAUAAUUAUAGCUCAUUUCUGACUUCUCAUCUAUCAAUUAUACUGAGUUUAAUAUUAA